GGGACAGAGAAGAGAUGAUAAAAAGGCGGUGAGGAACGGCGAGUGUGUGAAACGAAGAACAAAAUUAUUCGCGCGCGGGAAUCAGCAGCGGUGUGUUAAUCCUUUUGUGCUUAUGAUUUGCACGAAAAGGUCGUGAUUAUCAGUGUGGAACGUGUGUUUUAUACCUUUUUUGAGAAUCUGCGUAUGAGAGUCAUUGAUAUUAAGUGUAUGAAAGGAAGAAAAUUUAUACUACGGAAUGGCAACUUUGGCAGAACAAGCAUCCAAAUUAUUGGACUUUAACCAGAAGUUGGAUAUAACGCUUCUUGAUAAUAUAGUAGGAUGUAUGUACACUGGAAUAGGUGAGCAACAAAGGGUUGCACAGGAGGUUUUAACCACCCUUAAGGAGCAUCCGAAUGCAUGGACUCGUGUAGAUACCAUUCUAGAAUAUUCUCAGAAUCAGCAAACAAAAUAUUAUGCCUUGCAAAUCUUGGAGCAAGUAAUUAAGACACGGUGGAAAGUACUACCAAGAAAUCAAUGCGAGGGAAUAAAAAAAUAUAUCGUAGGCCUCAUUAUAAAAACUAGUAGUGAUCCAGAAACAAUGGAAGCUUCUAAAGUUUAUCUGAAUAAAUUGAAUAUGAUCUUAGUGCAGGUAUUGAAACGAGAAUGGCCAAAAAAUUGGGAAUCUUUUAUUAGUGACAUUGUUGGAGCGAGUAAAACGAAUGAAAGCCUUUGUCAAAAUAACAUGGCCAUUCUGAAACUUCUUUCAGAAGAAGUAUUUGACUUUUCUAGUGGUCAAAUGACGCAAACAAAAGCUAAACAUUUGAAGGAUACAAUGUGUAGUGAAUUCUCACAAAUUUUUCAACUUUGUCAGUUUGUAAUGGAUAAUUCACAGAAUGUACCAUUAGUAGCAGUUACUUUGGAAACAUUAUUAAGGUUUUUGAAUUGGAUACCACUUGGAUAUAUUUUUGAAACAAAAUUGAUAACUACAUUAAUAUUUAAGUUUUUAAAUGUUCCAAUAUUUAGGAAUAUUACACUUAAUUGUCUCACAGAAAUUGCUGCUGUUACAGUAACAAGUUAUGAUGACAUGUUUGUUGCAUUAUUCAUUAAUACGAUGCAGCAGUUAGAACAAAUGCUUCCACUUGAAACUAAUAUAAGAGAAGCAUAUGCAGUUGGGCAAAACCAAGAGCAAAAUUUUAUACAAAAUUUGGCAAUGUUUCUUUGUACUUUUUUAAAGGAACAUGGUCAAUUGAUAGAAAAGAAACAGUUAAAUGAAACAUUAUUAAAAGCCUUGCAUUAUCUUGUAUUAAUCUCAGAAGUAGAAGAAGUUGAAAUAUUCAAAAUUUGCCUAGAGUACUGGAAUGGUUUAUUAGCUGAUUUAUAUAAAGAUCAUCCAUUUGUGGCACCUUCACCUUUGUUUGCGUCCAAGAAUAUGGCAAUUUCACAUAGGAGAGUCUUUUACUGUACAGUUUUGACUAAAGUCAGAUAUAUAAUGAUCAGUAGAAUGGCUAAACCAGAAGAAGUUUUGGUAGUUGAAAAUGAACAUGGUGAAGUAGUCCGAGAGUUUAUGAAAGACACUGAUUCUAUUAAUUUGUACAAAAAUAUGAGAGAAACUCUUGUAUAUCUUACUCAUUUGGACUGUGUGGAUACUGACCGUGUUAUGACGGAAAAACUCCAGAACCAGGUUAACGGUUCAGAAUGGUCUUGGAAAAAUCUCAAUACGCUAUGCUGGGCAAUAGGUAGUAUUUCUGGUGCAAUGCACGAGGAAGAUGAGAAGAGAUUUUUAGUGACAGUAAUUAAAGACUUACUUGGAUUAUGUGAACAAAAAAAGGGUAAAGAUAAUAAAGCUAUAAUUGCCAGUAAUAUUAUGUAUGUUGUUGGACAGUAUCCACGAUUUCUUAGAGCUCAUUGGAAAUUUUUGAAAACUGUUGUCAAUAAGCUCUUUGAAUUUAUGCAUGAGACACACGAUGGAGUACAAGAUAUGGCCUGUGACACAUUCAUAAAAAUAGCUUUAAAAUGCAGGCGACAUUUUGUUACAACACAGGUCGGGGAAGCAUUACCGUUUAUUGAAGAAAUCCUUUCAACAAUUAGUAGCAUUAUUUGUGAUCUUCAGACUCAGCAGGUGCAUACAUUUUAUGAAGCUGUUGGUUAUAUGAUUAAUGCUCAAACAGAUACAUUAGUUCAGGAACGACUAAUAGAAAAAUAUAUGCUUUUGCCCAAUCAAGUUUGGGAUGAUAUUAUAUGUCAAGCUUCAAAAAAUGUUGAUGUUUUAAAAGAUCCUGAAGCAGUUAAGCAACUUGCUAGUAUUUUGAAAACAAAUGUUAGAGCUUGUAAAGCUCUAGGGCAUCCAUAUGUGAUACAGUUAGGAAGAAUAUAUCUCGAUAUGUUGAAUGUUUAUAAGGUUAUGAGUGAGAAUAUAAGUGCUGCAAUAGCUUUAAACGGAGAAACAGUAAUGAAACAACCUCUAAUUAAGAGUAUGAGAGUAGUAAAAAAAGAAACACUAAAAUUAAUAUCAGAUUGGGUUAGCAAAUCUAUCGAUCCACAAAUGGUACUAGAGAAUUUCAUACCACCAUUAUUAGACGCAGUAUUACUUGAUUAUCAAAAGACAAAUGUUCAUUGCGCUAGAGAACCAGAAGUACUCAGUGCUAUGGCUACUAUAGUAAAUAAACUGGAAGCUCAUAUCACAAGUGAAGUACCUAAAAUAUUUGAUGCUGUAUUUGAAUGCACUUUAGAAAUGAUUAAUAAAGAUUUUGAAGAAUUUCCUGAACAUAGGACGAAUUUCUUCCUUUUAUUACAGGCAGUGAAUAAUCAUUGUUUCCCCGCAUUUUUAUCAAUUCCACCAGCACAAUUCAAGCUUGUGCUUGAUUCUAUUAUUUGGGCAUUCAAACAUACAAUGAGAAAUGUAGCUGAUACAGGAUUGCAGAUCUUAUUUCAACUUCUAAGAAAUAUUGAGCAGCAUGAACAAGCUGCACAAAGCUUUUAUCAGACAUAUUUUACAGAUAUUCUUCAACAUGUAUUUAGUGUAGUUACAGAUACAUCGCAUACCGCAGGCCUUACAAUGCACGCUACAAUUUUGGCGUACAUGUUUACAUUAGUUGAGUUAGGAAGAAUACAGGUACCGCUUGGACCUAUGCCUGAUAAUACAAUGUAUGUUCAAGAAUUUGUAGCAAGAUUACUCAGGACUGCUUUUCAACAUUUGACUGAUAAUCAGAUUAAAAUAACUGUACAAGGUUUGUUUAAUCUUGAUCAAGACAUCCCAGCAUUCAAAGAACAUUUGAGAGAUUUUCUUGUAGAGAUAAGAGAAUAUACUGGUGAAGAUGACUCUGAUCUUUAUUUGGAAGAAAGAGAAACAGCUUUGCGAUUGGCUCAGGAAGAAAAAAGGAGACAGCAAAUGGCAGUACCGGGUAUUCUCAAUCCUCAUGAAUUGCCGGAGGAGAUGCAGGACUGAAUAAACUGUAAUUCUUGCCUAAUAUUUUGUGCAAGAUCAAACGACAAACACUAUGAUGUAGAAAUUAUUAUAUCUGCAACUACUCUCACAACCACCACCACCACCACUACUACUACUACUACUACUACUACUACCACUAGUACAGCCACCAUCAAAGUGGAUACACAUUGCAUAUUUAUUAAAGCCAAGUUUAAAAUAUCACACUCUUGUUAAUGAGGUAAGCCCAAAACAUGGUGACUGUUUGUUUGUCUGUUAUAGGAUUUUAAAAGGAAACGAAUUUCUGUUGUGGAAAAAAGUGUGAAUGCCUGCUUAACGAUGCUAUUUCAUGUAUAAGAAGAGGUUACUUCUCAGAAUAAAUUAUUGACUGAUAUUUGUGUAAGAGAUGACGUUCGUACAUCAACUGCCGAUAAUUAGUGGAUAGAAAGAACAUGGCAGAAUUUUGUAAUGAGAAGUUUGUUGCUAAGAGACAGAGUAAACAAUUUUUUGUAUUAACAGCAACAGCACCGUACAUGUGACAACAAUGCAUUUAAUAGUGCUAUGUGAUAGUUGCAUCAUCUGGCUCAAUGAACACAGUAUACUAUAUGACACUCUUACUUUUACAUAGGAGAAUUGUGAUGUACUGUGCUUUGCGAAAUCGUACUCUUUCUACAGUUUUGGUCGUAUGAGUCUGUUCUAAAAUGAAGAUUGAUAUGUAUGCGGAGUCAUGUGCGAAAAAUUCUGCUUAUACAUUGUCAAAUGAUUUUGUUAUAAUAUAGACUCUACACA